UGAGGAAACGCCCACCCUCGAUGAAGCGGCGAGAGCGAGUUUCCAUCUGUUUGGUCAAAGUCGAUGAUGACAGUUUGCCUUUCCCCCCAUUGCUCAACAUUAAUUGCUCAAGCAUGGUUACCUCGUUGUUGACAACGUGGGCAACAUGGUUCGGGGGCAUGACCCAGCUCUUCUGUCCAUGGCCCCACUCGUUGCAGUAUCACGCCCGCGACUGCCGCGACUUCCACAUCCAUUCGUUUCCUUCAGUCAAGUUCCAGUCGCACCUGGACAGGGGAAGCGCGGCGAACAUGCCGUUUGCCCUCGUACCCGAUCUGGGGGGGAUUUGGUAUUUGCAUGGCAACGACCACGCGUCCACCAAGCUGAGCUCGUUUGCAAACAUCCAACAGAUCGUCGAACACGACGCGUACACGUUCACGACGUACGAAGGCCGGGGUGCAGCGUUCUCCGACGUCGGUGGCCUCCACUCGUUCCUUCGCCACGCGGGCGUGACGUAUCGCGUUACAGCCACCAACAACACAGCGUACCGCAUCACACCGGAACUGCAUUUGCCGCCCCUGCUGAUGGGAUUGACACUGGUCGUGCCAGGGUUCGUUGCAACGUUUGACCUGCUCAAGACAAGCGACCCCGACGUCCUCGUUCGAGCCUCCACAGUGCUGACGCGAGAGGCCACUCCGUACAACAUGCUGCGCAUCGUCGACGCCGAAGGUCAGCUUACACCAAAGUACUACUCGCAUUACAUCAAGAAUAUUCCCCCGACCCUGGUCGUAGCCCAACAACUCUAGGUUGGAACUGCCUAGGAACGUGAUCCCUAUUUCCAUAUUCAC